AUGAAAAAUAAACAUAAUAUAAAUAUUGUGACGGGACCUGACGAUGACAUCCUGUCAAGGAUUCAUGGUAACUGCAGAAAUAACUCCAUCUGUAGUAAAGCUGAUGGUAGCUGUGAGCAAGGUUGUAAGACAGGCUACACAGGGAAUAAGUGCAACGAAAGUUGCAGAAUUGGAUAUUAUGGUGAUACAUGUGCGCAACGUUGCAGUGCUAAUUGUUUCAAAAACACCUGUAAUAGUGUAAAUGGCAACUGCUUCCAGGGAUGUAAACCGGGAUGGGUAGGAUUACAAUGUGAGCAAGAGUGUAUGAAUGGAACAUAUGGCUCGAGCUGUAGCUUAAAUUGUAGUGGAAAUUGUAUGAAUGAUUCAACAUGCAAACCUGUCGACGGUUAUUGUUUGUCAGGUUGCAAUCCAGGGUGGACUGGAAACACUUGUCACGAUAAAUGUCAAGAUGGUUUCUAUGGAGCAAAGUGUACGCUCAGCUGUAGCAGGCAUUGCUUAAAUGGAACACUGUGUAUAAAUACAAAUGGUACCUGUACGAAUGGAUGUGAUCCGGGAUGGACUGGUGACACAUGCAAGGAUGUGUGUCGGGGCGGAACAUAUGGAGCGGAAUGUGUUUUCAUGUGCAGUUCACAUUGUCUAAAUGGCUCAGCGUGUUUUCACACAAACGGUUCCUGUACAAAUGGAUGCGACCCAGGAUGGACGGGAGACACCUGUGUGGAUGAACGAGCAGUAUUUAUUUUGUAUUUAAGAUUCAACUCUUUCCAAGCAUCAUAUCGCCGACAUCAAAAACGAGAUGACGUCAUCUUUCACAAUGAAUUAUACAUAAACGAGCAAGUGGCAACAGAAGGUAUUCCAAAUAUUCACGAUGAUCAGGCAAUGUCGGCUCAAACCACUGAUCCAGUUUAUACUAAUACAUCAUUGGUAGACAUUCAGCUAAAUGGAGUCAAAGUUUCAAAUGAUGUGGAAUAUUACAAUGACAUACCUACCAAACGGACUCCAAAUGCAAUUUCUAUAUCAGAACUGGAAAAUGCUAUGAAGAAAAAAUGUCUGAUCAAAGGAUACUUCCUGCCUCAAUUUGAGACUAUAGCUACAGGACUACUUUAUCCAACAACUGCAGCUGUAAAACGAAGAAACAUACACAAAAACAGAUUCAAGAAGAUGUAUCCAUAUGAUCACUGUCGUGUUAAGCUGAAAAUUCUGCCAAGAGAACCCGACUCCGACUACAUAAAUGCCAGCUUUAUAAAGGGUCAAGGGAAAGCCGAUGUCUAUAUUGCUUCACAAGGUCCUGUUACUGAAAACAUCAAUGACUUUUGGAGGAUGAUAUGGGAAAUGGAUGUCAGGACGGUAGUUAUGGUAACUAACCUUGCAGAGAAUGGAAAGAUGAAAUGCAUUCAGUAUUGGGGUACUAAGGAUGUAGUCGUACCAUACGGAAAGAUACAUGUAACAACGCAGGCUGAAAAUGUAUAUGCUGAGUUUACAAUCAGAGAACUCAUGUUGUUUCAUCAGGGAGACGUGCUAACAAAACGGAACGUUACACAGUUUCAUUUCACAGCUUGGCCAGACAAAGGUGUUCCAAAAACAAGUACAAGUUUGUUGCAAUUUUGGAGAAAAGUGAGACAAAAUGAUGAAAAUAAGGACCAUAUAUGGCUCGUUCACUGCAGUGCUGGUGUAGGCCGAACUGGUACAUUUCUUGCCACGGAUAUACUGUUUGAUCAAGGAGAAAAUAUGGGAUUUGUUGAUGUGUACCAAUGCGUGAUAAAUUUGAGAGAACAACGAGUCAAUCUGGUUCAAACACACGAACAAUAUAUAUACCUUCACAAACUUAUGCUAGAAGUAUUCAGCUUACCUUCAAAGCCGUUCAGUUUGGAUGAAUUUAUGACGUCUUAUCAGCAGCUGCAGGAAAAAGACAAGUCAGGAAAAAUGAAACUAUGGAGAGAAUAUAAGUCAAUAGAAAGUGGAAUAUCUUGGCCAACAGCUGUAAACGACCAGCAGGAAGGCGAAAAGAAAGAAACUACUGUGGACAUACUAGCUGACGCCUUCAGGCCUAUUUUAUCAAACUAUGUUCCUGGCAGUUCAAACGCUAUAAAAGCCACCUGUAUUCCAAGCUACUUCGACUUGCAUGAGUACAUCAUUGCACAAUGGCGUCCUCAAUUUAAAAUGGAAACAUGUCGUCUUGUUUUUGAGAAACAGAUUGAGACUGUCGUCACGUUCCCAAUUGAUCAACGAGAUGAUGAGAUUUUCUUUGAGGAGUCAGUUUCGGAAAGCGAUCCCUUUGCUGUUGUUUGCCAGUCACAGAUAAAGAAAGGAGACUUCAUCGUUAAAGACCAUUUCUUACAGAGUAGGAACGGGAAACAUUAUUUCAAAGAAAUUAUUUUCAAAUGUUGGUCGUCUGAGAGCCUCGUACCGGAAGAUCCACAGGCUAUCUUGGAUUUAAUGACAGAGGUUGAUACUCAGCGACAUCACUCGUCAGCGCAUGGAAGAAAGUCUAUCCUUUUUCAAUGCUGGGAUGGAGUAGAUAGAUCUGGGUUAUUGGCAGUGAUAAUAAAUGUAUUGGAUCGAGCACGAGUUGAUAAUGAAGUGUCAAUCCCACAAGUCAUACGUCAGUUAAGGCACAAUAAGAAGGAACUCAUUACUAAUUUUGAGCAGUAUAAAUUCUGUUAUGACGUGUUGUACUGUCGCCUUGCGAGCAAAGCGACAUAUGCAAAUGUGUAA